ACCAGUAUGGCUAUAGCAACAUUCCAUGUUGUAACAGGGAUUAGGUGCAUAUACAAACACAAACGAUUACAUAAAGUACGACCUUACAGUAUAAAGAACUAGGACUAUUUUAAAUUAUAUUAUUCAAUUAUGUUAUGAAGCGCUAUUAGUGACACUGCACCAGUCCAGCACGGAAUUUCACCUCGACAGAAACAAGGGUUGUAAUUCUCUAGUUCCGCCAAUGAAAAACAGCCAAUGCAGUCGCCCUGUACAGCCAAUAUUCAACAUCGAUCAGUGAUCAACCGUGCGGCUGCAAUAUCGCAUGUAGUCUGUACUGUUGACGCUUAGCAUAGCCUGCAUCAGCAUUAAUCGACGUCACGGCGUUUUUACAGAAGAUAUGAGCAGAAUGUGGGUGUGCUGAUAUAGCGUGGCAGCAAGCUCACCUGUUUAUGUUGUGGUGGUGGUGGUGAUGGAGAAUGUAGAGGAGCCUUCAUCACUCCGGAUCACUCCUACCGUCCGGGCGCUCAGCUCUGCACUGAAAGGGACGCGUGAAACCGUCUCCCAUUCCAGCCGGCAAAACGGUGACAGGCUAUUCCCUGACCCGGAGAAGCUUUGGUUCAAAGAGAGCAGCGCCAAAAAUCUGCGAAACAGGGACUUCUUGUCACCGACUACGAUACUUAACACGCUGUAUGCGGACGGACAGGUCCCUCCAGCAGUGAUGUCCAGGGUCCUGUCCCUCCGUGGCAGUGGGGUUCUCCCUGUAGCCAGUGGGGAAGUGAUGGGUGAAGGUCUGAGGGUCAGAGUGGACCGUGCUGCAGCCUUCAGGGCUGUCCUGGCAGGCGGAGCCACAGAGUACCUGAAGCCCUCAAGUAAGAAACAGGGGUGCGUGGUCCUCAACUGCCCUGCGCUGCACCCUAAACCCAAUACACCCGCUCCUGAUGCGCUGACUCUGGGCCAGCUAAGGACUGUUCUGGUGGCUGACCACAUGGGUGCACUGUUGAGAAGACAGGGGUUUGCAGUGUUCUUUUGUCCCACGGUUCCUGAAGACAGUGACAUCAUCGCCUUUCUCCGGGCUCUGGGAAUUGACUGGCCUACAGCUCCAGCCAACUGGACGAACGAGGAGCGGGAGGAAAAGAUCCAGGAGGCCCUGGAGAACUCACCGUACAGGGAAAGGGAAACAGAGAGAGGCAGGAGAACCAGCGGAGGGGGGGUGAGGAAGGCGGAGGAGGGGGAGAAGGAGGGAGUGCUAAGAGUCAACCUGAAACGAGUGUUCCUGGAGGAAGGGCUUCAGGGAUACGAUCCUAGUCUUGGUACCUGCACAGUACACAGAGACAGUGUUUCCCACCUGGCACAACUGGACCUAGCCACAGCCGACUGCACAGUAGCCAUAGUGACAGCGUUACAUGUGACUUCCUGUCAGGAUGAGUUUCGCCAGCAGCAGAUUGCAAUGCUGUGGAGAGCCAGUGGAGCGACACACACACAGAGACAUCUGGUGUGUGGGCCCGUGAAGACGCCUGGUUCCCACCUCACCGCUGCACAGUACCUGCAGCUGAGAAGAGGUCAGAUGAAGGAGGCCUCAGAGAUGAAGUAUGGAGAUCAAGUAGAAGGUCAGACGUGGGAUGACAUCAUCAGGGUCAUGACCUCUGCCACUGUCAGAUUUGAGCUGCUGUCUACAGUGCACACCAGUCCUGUGACACUGGACGUCCAGAGAGAGGGGGGCGUGUCCACCAAAGGGCCGAGAGGAGGGGUUUUUGUGAUGUAUAACUGCGCCAGACUGCACACUCUGUUUGACAGCUAUGAAAGAGGAGUGGAGAAAGGUCUGUACCCAGAAAUCCCUGAAGGCUCCCAGCUGGACUUCUCUGCUCUGAAAGAAGAGGGCGAGUGGCUUCUGUUGUUCAAUUACCUCAUUCCAUUCUCGGAGCUGCUGGACCAAUCAGGACAAGCGUUAGAGAGUGAAGGAGGAGGAGCCAGAGUCAGUAUUAAGACAGAACAGAUCUGUAAAUUUCUCGUGUCUCUCAGUAAAGAUUUCAGCUCCUACUACAACAGAGUCCAUGUGCUGGGGGAGCCGUUGCCUCAUCUCUUUAACCAGAUGUUUUGUCGUCUGUGUCUGCUGAGAGCACUGAGAGAGCUCUACCACAGUGCUCUGGACACCCUUACCCUUCCCCCCAUCAGGCAACUAUAGCCUCAUCACAAUUCAAUCCUCCUCAGAUCCUUGUUAGCCUUACCAUCACCCACCCAGCUCAUACACACAAACUGACUUAUGUUAUGCAAUCAUAUACACUUGGCUUGAAAAUUAAAUGUAUCCCACUGACAUAUUUUUACCUGUUCCCUCUUUUUGGCAGUGUUACAGUAGUCUGGCUGUUACAGUCUGUUAUUAGAUACUGUGUUACUAGCCUGUUGUGAGUGACUCCUGUAGCUUGACAUUCAGUUAUUGAAUAUUUUAAAGAUGUCAUUACCCAACAAUCAUGUAAUGCGAUGUCAGUAAACUCGACUUGAUCUGAGUGGAAUUAUUUUCCAGGAGAACUAUUUGUAUAUUGUUAAAGAAACAGUUUGACAUUUUGGGAAGUAGGAUUAUUUACUGUUUUACCAAGAGUUGGAUGAGAAGGUCGAUACCAGCCUUGUAUCUGAACAGUAGGCUUGGCUUACUUUACCAUAAAGGCUGGAGGCAGGUAAACAGCUACUGUAGCCCGGCUCUGUCCAAAGGUGGAAAAAGCUGCUGCCGACUCCUCUAAAGCUCACAAAUUAACAUGUUAUAAUUUAGAUUUCUUGGCUGGGACCAGUUGCCUGUAGACUCCAAGAAGUUCACUGGUCCCAGUCAAGAAAUGGUCCUACACAUAACCUCUCUUACAAAACUGAACUGUUGUAUUUGCACUUUGUUUAAUCCAUACAAAAACCAAACAAGAAUCAAUGUCUUAUCUACUAAUCUGUAGAGUUGCUGGUAGGCAGACUUUCUUCUUGGGGCAGAGCCAUGCUAACUGUUUACCCUUGCUUCCAGUCUUUAUGAUAAACUAAGUUAAGCAGACAUGAGAGUGGAAUCAGUCUAAUAUCUAUCUUAUAUUUCCCACAGUGUCAAAUUACUCCUUUAACUUAGGAUUAGUUGCUACAUAUAGGUGACGAUUUCCCUCCAGGCAACAUAAUUUUAACAGCCAAAUGGGGCAAAUCAGCAGUGUUUUGUUUAAAUUAACCCCUAAAACUCAACCAUAUACCAGAGAUACUAUGAUUUUGGUGCCCCCUCACGCUCCACCCCUGUGCCCGUUUUUUGAUUAGACUUUGUAGGUGUGCUGAAGCACUACAAAUAUGGCAAAUUUGAAACAUUAGCCUAGAUGUACUAUCUAAACUCUACAAAGACUUGUACAGCUCUUUAAACUGCCUAUUAUGUACCCCUCACCACCACCACCACCACUCACACUCUAAAUUUUUCUCCAAAGGCUCUGAAUGGCGAUAGCGUUUUAAGGUGUCUGAAGUAAGCAAGAGUCAAGGGUCCAUUAACACAAUUUCUGGAUUUUAUUAUCAAAUAUCAAGGUCUUGUGUUUCAUAAUGAGGAAAUGUGUCACCAAGUGCAGCAGUGUGUUUCACUGAUUUGUUUUUAAUUGCUUCUGAACAACAAUGGAGGACUAGGGCACAGACGAAUAAGCUAAUCCAGGGCUAACCAUUGACUGUAUAGGGGCUGACACAUUGACAGUCAUUAACAGCGAGUAGAGGCAAUUCAUUGUUUGUUUUAGUCUCAGUGUGGGGAUCAACAGUAUUGUGGGUAUACUGUUAAAAUAGAAAAUGACUGGCCAUAUCCGUUAAAUACCAUGUAUAGAUCAGUGCCAAUAUUUUUGUUUUAAAACACCUGUACAGAAUAUAUAUUAUACAUAAUGAAUCUUAAUUGCUUUAUUCAGAGUUAUUAUUGCUUGACAAAUCACUAAUGUUCAGCGUCACACAACAUGUACCACAUGUAAUAGGUGUGACAAAAAUAGUACAUAGCAGCAUUUAGGGCACUGUGCCAAAUGUUAAGAAAUGCAUGAAAUGGCAUGGAAUGAAUAUUUUAUAUAUACAUAUAUACUAUCUAUAUCCGGGGCUGAGCCCGGGCCGACCUGGGGCCUUUCUGUGUGGAGAUUGCAUGUUCUCCCUGUG